UUCAAUCCUUGAAUCAAGACUAGUCGCGAGAAGAAAUUUUUGUUUUGAAGGGAAAUUUCAAGCCGACCUCCCACAAAUUGGAUCAGACAUGGCGAAUCUUCCAGAGACCCCUCAGGAGUUCAAAUACGAGACCAAAUUUGUCGUCCUUAACUAUCUGGGCAUUCUACCAAGGUUUGAGGAGAUCGGGGACGACUCUGAUGUCGACGAAAGCGAUGACAAGCUGGAUGAUGAUGGAGACGACGCAAUGAGCUUUGGUUUGAGAAGUCAAUCCAGCUCACAUUCACAAGAUACCCCUUCUAGUAUAGACAGUGACUCCUGCAGCAGGGAUAGCGAAGAGUUCCGUCAGAUCAAGCGCAUCGCCACGGCGGCAAUCGCUCUGCAGGCACAGUCUCCUCUCAUGCAUACAGACACCGCUCCUACAGAUAUAUUGCAAGGCAAAGGGCUUGAGGUCGAUGCCUUGGGCAAUGAGGACACUCUGGAAGGGUUUCAACUACCUAAUGAUGAUCUGGUUAGAGAUGCCAUUUCGUCCAAUACGUCUUCAGCAUCGAGUUCAAAGUACAGUGCAUCGCCACCUAAUUUCACUCCUAGACAUCCAUCUCUUAAAGUUUCUCUAGCAGAUUCUUCCAGGUCUAGGAGAUUCAUGUUGAAAAAGAAGAGGAGCAAGGACAUCUCCCUGGAUGAAAGUACUAAAGCCAAGAUGACCAACGUCCUCGCAGAACUAGGGGACCAGUUUAAGAAAGAAAUGUCGGAUGAAGGCAUGGAUUCAAGUGGCAUCCUUUGUGCCAUCAGUCGGGAAGCGCUCGUUGCCGAGAGGAUCGCCCAGAUUGGGGAUUGCAUCAUGUUGCAUCAUCACGAUGAGCUCGAACAGGCCUACCAGCAAACCUUGGGCCACGGCGAUGGGCCCAUGAACUAUGGUGUCUUCAAAUCUGGCAUGAAAAGUUUAGUCAAGAACUCUGUGCCUGGAUGGUAUCACGUUGCAGUGAUGAUGAAGUUCACCCGACGCAUGGCAGUCAACGUGUUAGAUCAGGGGAGUAGAGGUAUAGCAGCCGUCACUGAUUUUGCGGCACAGUACAUCGAGGAGAACCUCGCACAAUCUAUAAUAGAACAAGGCGGCUGGGAUGCCAUAACUAAUGUUGACUUGGACAAGAUCGACAAUGAACAAUGGUCUGAAAUAUCCUCAGGGACCCCUUCCCCUCAUGGACCCCAAUCGCCUUCCCAUACGACCCCUCCUCAAUUCAUGGAGAUAGGCAACCACCUCUCGCCUCGACCGAGCAAAGCGGGCACCAGGAGCGGCCAAGACAACCAAUCGCAGCAGCCGAUGUCAGGUUUGAAUGAUGCCUCCGCUUUCAAGGUAGAAACGGAGCGUGGGACAAUCGACCCAAGCCGGGUUGUAAGGGAUGAAUCGGAUUCCGUUCCGUCUGGGUUGACAAGACCCCAUGGGCUUCUCCUGGAUGGUCCCACGUUCCAUGCCCCUGCUGACUUGAGCCCCGGCAGGAGAAGGUACCUGUCAGAGAGGGUGCCAGAGAGGACGCCAGAUCCAUCCGAUGGGCUUGAUCCGGACGAUUCUCCAAGGAGAAGAGCAUCAAGCUUUGGUGCAGGACCCAUCAUUGCGACCGCUGCAGCAGCCACUGCAACCGUUGCUGCGGUUGCGGCAGUAGGGGCAUAUGCUCUCUUGAAAAGGUAGAUGAACCCUUCAAAGACAUCAAGUAGUUUUGAUCCAGGGGGGUGUUUCACAAAGAUCCAAAGUUAGACUUAAAAAUUAUGGAAAGCCGUUAGCAUCAUUGAAAAUAUUUUGUAAAAGUUAUUUCAAAAGACAUAAAAUUUUGAUUCAAAUCAUUCAUAUUUUCUAUUAUCAAGGACAUGUCAUGUUCUUGAUGUGGAAUUUAUGAAAAGUCUAAAAAAACUUCAAUUUUUGCUUUUGGAAAUAUUCAAUUUUAAGGCUACAAAUGGCUCUCCAUAAUUUUUUAAGUCUAACUUAGAGUUAAGUUCGACUUAGGAUCUUUGUGAAACACCCCCCUGAUGAUUCCCAAAGAAUUUAGCUAUACUAUCAGGAUCCAUUUUUAUUUGAGUAUAUUAUAUUUUCAUUCCUUAUUGCAAAAAUAAGACAUAUCUUAGGUAAAUACAGAUGCUGCAGUUUGUUAAAAGUAGAUUUCUUUAGCAAUAUUUCAUACUGUCCUCAGGGUAGUUAUAACCAUUUUUAAACAUUUCAUUGACAAAAUAAAAAAAAGAGGGGGGAAUAUUCCAGGAGAAAUUUACACAUUUCAUAAUAAUCAUUUUGUUAGGUGAUACGUACAAAGUAUACGUAUCAACUAUUGAUUUUGUCAAGAUUUUUCUUUAUUAUUGAUUGUUUUUGUUUUUUACGUUUUACUACUUCAUCUGUGUAUUGUAGAUUUUUGUAAAAAACAUAAGAGCACAUCUUCUUGCCUGAGCUGCAUAUCAUGUAACAUACAGCAACGACUUUGUAAUGUGUCCUGUUCGGUAUAGAGCAGAAUUGAAAUUGCACUUUCUUUGUCAAGGCACCUGUGUUAUAUCUGUACAAAGUAGAACAUUUAGAGCUUAAACAAUGCAACUGUUAAAAUAUGGACACUCUAGUAAUUAUGUUAGGAAAUUUAUGCUAACAUGACAUUCACUAGAUGUCUAUGAUUUAAUUGAGAACGUGGUUAAUUUCAGUUAUUGUUGAUAGUGGUAUUGAAUUAAAAAUUGUCUUGUAUCUACCUUGUGUAUUCCAAAUUAAAAUGACAACUGCCAAUUGAUUUGCUUGAUAAUGCAGCUUUGAUAAAAUGGAUGUUUUCAAUUGUUUGACUAAAAAACAAAACUAAUCUAAUGUAAUAUAUUUUCUGGACAGUCCCUUUGUUGUUUAAAGAUAGAAUUUCAAGUGAAUGAAAAUGUGCAGUCUGCUCUUACAUGGGUAAUUGCAGGUAUACUUGCUUCUUCAACUGGUAAGUAAGACAGAAUUUGUACGAUACAUUUACAGUAGGAAAAUAUGAGUUAAAGGUACAUACAUGUAUACAUGUAGUAAUGGAAAUUAUGGUUUUUGAAAUAUAGAAUUGUAAUGUACAUGUACAAGGUUUGCGAAAGAAUGAAAUAGUGUAAUGUGCUGACUUUAUUAACAUGCUUAUAUUAUAAAGAAGGUAGAGAUAGGACCAGAGUUGAAAUACGUAAUAGGCUGUUGAAAAGUGUGUUUUUGCUGAACGAAAUAUUUGUAAUUUAGACUAGCUGAUAAACAUGGAGAGAUAGAUAUACAUAGAGAGAUAAAAAGUAUAAAAGAGAGAUAAAAAGUAUAAAAGAAAGAUAAAGUGAACCUCAACACAACUCCAUUGUAGAAAAAUGAUGUAUACAUUUAAAA